UCUCUCUUUCCAAUUUGAUGAGAAAAAAUUGCCAUUCGCGUAGCUAAACUGGAAUUGAAAAAAGUGCAGGAAAUUAACUUGAUCCCUGCCAGAAAUGGAGGUGAAACAUUCAGAGAUCAAGAAGAGAAGAGAAGAGAAGAAAAAAAGAAAGAAAGAAAGAAAGAAAGAAAGAAAGAAAGAAAGAAAGAAAGAAAGAAAGAAAGAAAGAAAGGACUCCCCAUUCAGAGGUCCAGAGGGUAUUUAUAAAACCAGAAACUGUUUUGAUUUGCAAUGCCCCAUUUUAAGAGAGGCAGCAGAGUUUCCACAGGUGGCCUCUGGAAGUUCCCUGAAGCAUCCAGGGGAGGAUUUAGAGUUAAGGCCCUGGGUACAAAAGCCGCCUUUUACAACUUGGGCUGAUUUCCGAACACGCCUGAUUUCCAGGAAUCAGUGCAAAGCAGAAACUGAAACUAAACAGGCUGCAUAAAAAGCACUCGCAUCCGCUCGAGCUUCACAAAAGCAUCGAAACCCCUCGCAGAGCGAAUAUAGCCGGUUUUGGCUCCUCUCCAGUCUGAACUUCAAAGACAAACAAGUUCCGACGCCGAAAUGGCUGUCCAGCCCAAAGGUGCGCUUGCUACGAGAGCCGUGAUGAACAUUAGCAAAGCAGAGGAAGUCCGAAAGGAGACAGAACUGAUGAUGAAGCCCUACGCAAAUUGGGAGGAGUAUCUGAUGCCUGGGCCCAUUUCCAUCACCCUCUUAGGGGAGCUGGCUUGCAUUGCUGCAGGACAAGGAGACUUUGCCAUCAAUCUUGCCCCACCCGAGGGAGGCUACAAAUAUAUGAGGUAUCCGGACUCUUUCCGGGCCUCCCUGAUGCAGGUGAGCAACAGUGGGUGGCACGCCUUCAGCAUAGCCCACAAGAAUAUGGAUGGUAUCCGGCUCCUUUCUAUGAGCGUCCCUGAGCAAAUCAAGAUGGUCAUGAAGACCUUAUUCCAGAAUGACCUUACCUUGAUAGAUGCCUUGCUCCCUGGACAGCUAUCCAGCCUGAAAUCAAUUGCAAAUGAAUGUUCCUCUUUGGCUAAGGCAGUUGACAAUAAGUUCUAUGAUGUCAUCUGUCUGACUGAGGAACUCCUGGAAGUGUGUAUGAGUUCCAAAUCACAGUAUGAACAAGGACUGACGCAAACCAAACAAGCCUUGGAAGACCUGAAGCAAAGAAAAGCAGCAGCUGAAGAAACCAAGGCCAAAGCAGAGGAAUACUACAAGGAAGUAAAGAACAGAGUGACUGAUACGUUUGACGAUUAUAGAAAAGCGAUAGAUAGCAUUCCUACCGGCUGGAGUAGUGUAAUUCUGGAUUUCACUUCAACUGUAAGAGAAACCUUGACGGUGCCCAUUACCUGCCUGACAUCCUUGGUCAGCUCUAACAGAAAUCAAUUGCUUUCUCCAAUCGACAGCAGAAGUGAGGAAGAGUUUGAAAGUAGGGAUGACUUUAUAGCCAUGAACAACAUCUCUGCCCUGUCAGGUCAAAUGGUGGCAUUGGUGGACGGUCUUAAAACCGUGGUGGAUGAUGAAGGUAAUAUUGACAUGGAUGUCCUCUACAAUAAAAAAAACAAUGAAAUCAAAACCACAUGGAUCAAAAAGACAUCCCAGCAACUGUUAGAGAAAAUAAAAAAAGAAAGAAACUGCAGCCUGAAAAAUGUGGCAGUGAAAAUAUGUAACGAUAUCAUCAAGAUUUCCAAUAUGUUAACUGAAAGAGCAGUAUCAGGGAACAUAAACCAGAAAAAACUGAUAAAGAAAAUGAACACCCUCUCGAUUGAUAUUGAGGUUUUCGACAGCAGAAGCAAAUUCUGCAGCCGCACAUCCCCUUUUGGUCCCAUGGCACCAAAUAUGGCCAAAUCCCAGAGAAAUGUCCAAGAAGACUCAUCGUUGUCAUCAGCGAUGAAAAACAGCCUUUUGAAAACCGAGCAAACGAAAGAAAUACUGAAGAUGAGUCAAGAAGAAUACCAGAAAAGCUUUGACAACUUAAAGCAACAGAAUAAGGAUUUGCAGGAUGUGCUCAGUGAAAUGAGGAAAUGUGAAAUAAAGGAGAUUGAUUUUGAAAAAGCCCAAAAGAUGCUGAUCACAGGCCUGGACGCCAUGGGAAGAGUGAAGGAGCAGUGGGAGAAAAUGGUGCGUUUCUUCCAGAUGAUCUCGAAUCUCAUUGAUUCCUGUCUCAAUAAGCGCCUGACGGAAUUUGUGAAAUUGGCCGAAGAUCUUCCCCAAAUUCCAAAUUAUUCUCACCAAGACUUUAUCAUAGAUAUGAUCUAUAAACAGGCCUUCAAUGCGUCCAACAUAGCUCAUUUGGUGCACAUGAUAUCCGAGACCUACACAGACGUGUCUUCAAAAUACCUGAUGGAUAAUGUGGGCAGCCUGAGCAGGCUUAUUUCUAUGGACCCUUCUAAUCCCCAAUUCCAGAUGGAGCGGAACAAACUAAAAGACGGCUGUGACAAUGCCCAAAAAGCGAUAGAGGACUUGGUCAUUAAGCAAAAGAAAGAAUUUGAAAAUAACAUCCAUGCCAGAGUGGCCAAAAUCAAUUCUGAGCUGAAGGCUGUCAUGCCAGAAGUGCCGGAAGCUGAGAGGAAAGCGAUCGAACAGAAUGUGCACAAAGGAAUGAGGGAAAUCACCGAGGAUGAAGCUGAUCAAUUCAUGUAGAAAUCUCUUUCAAACUAUGAGGGAAAUGGAGGCAGUCUAGGCCAGGGGUAGGCACCUUUGGCUCUUUUAUGACUCGUGAACUUCAACUCCCAGAAUUCGUGAGCCAGCAUAGCUGGCUCAGGAAUUCUGGGAGUUGAAGUCCACGAGUCAUAAAAGAGCCAAGGUUGCCUACCCCUGGUCUAGGCUCUUCUGUAUUAUUGCAGUCUGUUCUGUCUGGAACAGAAUAAGAUCCUUUCAAAAAUCAUCUUGGCUGAUCAUUUCUGAGGUAGGGCUCAUGUUGGCUCCUACUAAAUAUUUCUAUUUUUGUUUCUCCUUUAGUGCACCAGUUACCUCUUUUCCACUUCGAUCAAUUUUUAUGGACUAAUACCUCUCCCUCUGUCUGCUGAUCUGCUUACUGGUUUGUCUGCCCUACCACUCCUCUCUUUUUGGGCUGUUUCUGGUGGAGGAAAAGCUGAAGUGUGUUUCGUGUGCUUCUCUUUUUACCAUACUUUGUAUCUCUAGGAUAGAGAAAGGGGUUGGGAUAUGUACUGUAUGUAGCUUGAGUUCAAUAUUAAAAAUGUGAUGUCCAAUUUCAUUCAUUGCUGUUAAUUCUAUUGUCACUACAGGCUUCCUUCAUUUUUGGAGUGAUGGUACAAUCAAGUCUCUCUCUCUCUCUCUCUCUCUCUCUCUCUCUCUCUCUCUCUCUCUCUCUCUCUCUUUCAUAUAUCCAUGCACACACAUUAAUUGGGGGAUGAAUACAAUGUCUACAUUUUUUUCCUGGGGUUAGCAAUUUUAGGUCUGUAUUUCUUUGGAGAUGCUUAUCAAUUAACAGAAUAACAGAGGGACCAUAGAGGUCUUCUAGUCCAACCCCCUGCUGGAUCCAACAGCCUGAUCUAUCAUCUCUUAGAGAUAUGGGUGCUUGGAUUACUCUGCUCACUGAAAUAUAGGUAAUAGAUUCUCAGUUUUCCCGGCUUCUUGAGUCCUUCUAACACCUUUUCAUAUCACUUUGGUACAGCUCAAGAACGGCUAGAUUCUAACAACCACCCCUAAUUUACUUUCUGCAAAUAAACUUUAAGAUAGCAAAUCUUAAGAACAAGGCAUUGUAAAAAUGUUAAUUUUUAAAGAAGGGAUCCCUUUUCAUCAAAAGCUGAUGAUACAACUGUACCUAACGAGGAAAAGAGUGCUGGUUUAGAGAGAUACUCUUCAAGUACUUUUAGACGGUAAGUUUCCAGGAAAUCAAGAGAAAGGGGUUGAUCAAAUCAGCCAGAAUGAACAGAGUAAUUAAACAUUGAGUUUUGGGCUAGAUAAUAAGAAUUUCUUUUAUUUGGUUGUUAAUCAUACAGUUAUUAUCUGCUAUUACACUAUGUUGUUUUCCAUACUGUUGUAAUCUUAAGACUGAAAUAGGAUUUUUUAACUCUUUUUGCCGUUCAAUUGUUACUUUUACAUGUUAAUAUUUCUUUUACUGAUUCAUUACAGCUUUUCUGCAACAUAUAAGAACUAUGUUAGUCAUUCUGAAGUUACUAAACAUUAUAGUAAACAACUCUCCUGCAUUAAAUUCUUGCUUUUAUGCUAGAAAGAGUCAAUAAAUGUCUAUUCUCUAAAA